AUGCCAUUCGUAACGAUCAAUGGCAAGGAGCUGUUCGUGGCGGCUGGCUUCGGGGCCCAGUCUCCAUCAGAGAACGGCGUCACUUUCGUCUGUAUCCAUGGCCUCGGGUCAUCGCAUGCCUUUUACGCAACUUUGGCGUCUAAGAUAGCCGACUCCGGCAAUUCAUGUGUUCUAUACGACACAUACGGGAGCGGUCAGUCCAAAUUUAAGGGCGAGGAGCAAACCCUUGAAUCGAUGGCUGCGGAUGUCGAGGGCUUGAUCAAGCAUUUCAAGCUCAAUCAUUCCCGCACCGUACUUGUCGGCCAUUCCAUGGGCGGAAUGGUUGCUUGCAAAGUCGCGUCCAGACUCACCGACCUUGGUGGUAUCGCCUUGCUUGGGCCAGUUCAUCCCUCGCCUGCGCUCGGCGACGUAUUCACACAGAGAAUCAAGACCGUUAUGCAAAAUGGCGUGGAGGCUCUAGCCGACGCCAUCCCGAAUGCUGCGCCUGGUUCCAAAGCUACUGCAACGCAGAGAGCCUUUAUCAGGGCACUCAUCCUGUCACAAGAACCCGAAGGCUAUGCGUCCCUCUGCUCCGUCAUUUCAAAUGCCAAGGCACCAGACUACUCUGCCAUACAAUGCCCCGUACUCAUUGUCGCUGGAGCGGACGACAAGACCUGCCCCCUGAGCUCCUCCGAGACGAUCUUGAACAGCAUCGGCACCGACAAAUCCAAAAAAGCAAUUCAGGUUCUUGAUGGAGUUGGUCACUGGCAUUGCAUCGAGGCGGGUGAUGAAGUAGGGGAUCUUCUCGUCGGAUUUGCCAAAUCUAUAUCGAAGCAAUGA